AUGGGCCAUAUGGUUGUGGGAUACUGUUUGGAGAAUCAUUGUUUGGUUCACAUCAACCAUAUGAGCCUGGAUGGUGUCAUUGGACCAUAUCAGACAUUUGUAGUAAGGAUUGUAAGAACCAUAAUAGACAGCAUGGUACAUUUGUGUGUGUUUCAGAGCCUCAAGUACUAUCAAGCGCUUCCAGGGUACACUGUAUACGGCUGGCUUAUGGGACACAAGGACAUCUACGUCACACAGGAUUCUGAAAAGCACCAUGAUGCUGAGGGUCAGGAUAGCAUCAAACACCUGAAUCAAUGGACUGACAAAGAAAUCUGGUCCUCACAUAGCUGGUCCAGGGAGGUCUCAAUUGAGCAGAAUUGUCUUGACCUUGACAUCACAUCCUACAUAAGAUGUUCAGCAAGUAGCAACCAAAAAGACUCAAACUUUGACAACCGCAGUGCCAUAGCCGUUGAAGCCAGGGCAAAGCAAUCCCUUGUGGAGAGCAAUCAAUGUCUGAUUGCCAAAGCUGAGUCCCAGCUCUCAGGAGAAACUUUAGAACACACCCCAGCGGCCAUUCAAAAGCUGACCAUUUACCCUCCAUUCCUGAAGAAGUGCUUGGUCAAAACAGAUCCUCAAGAUCUCCAGACUUUAUUAUGUAUGACUGGGACAAUGAGAUAUUAUCUUGUGACAACAUUUUCUUGGCCAUCAUUCCUCUAUGACACAAGGAAUGGUUUCCAGUACGAUGCGGGCAAUGUAGAAGUGGGCCUAACUUGCUCUGCUUUACUCAUCAAGCUUCGCAACAUUGUGAAAUUUUUUGAAGCCCCACCUGGACCAGUAAAUCAAGCUAAGGUCAAUGAAAUGCUUUUGUGGUGGAAUCAGCGAGUAUUUGGGCAUGACCGUAAAAUUGCUGCUCCUGCAGAGUUACACAAGAAUAUGUCAGUCUCCCGUUUAGCCAAGCAGUAUUUGGCACAAGAGCAAAUGGGUGAUCAGUAUCGGCAACAGUCAUUUACAGAGAUUUAA